GUAUGCUGAAUCGGCAAAAGAUGGCGGAAUCCCACCGCGACUGGAAGGUCGGCAUUGGUUUCGGCUCCACUGCAUUGGGAUGGAUUAUUCAGGGAUCUCGAUCUCUACAUCCGCAUCUCCGCAAUUCCGGUUCUUCCCCAUAGUCUGGUCUAUCCAUCUUCCCCCAAGUUCCCCAGUUUCUCGAAUGGCCACAAAAUCUUCUCAUCCCUGGCCAUUCCCGUAACUAUAGCUCAUCUCAUCUAUCUUGAGGAGCAACCACCUCUCACCACCAUGGACUCACUGCCUAUCGUACCACUCAUCAUUGAUGGCCAAGACAUCCUGUUAUCCCCCGCCGAGAGACAAGGCACAGUGGCCAAUCGAUACGCAGGGGGGCCCGUUCUCUAUCAAGGCGCGACCAGAGACCUGGCACUCCGAGCUGCGCAAUCAAGCGCCCAAGCCUUCACAACAUGGUCAAAAACCACCCCCAUAGAGCGUCGGACUCUACUUUUCAAGCUGGCUCUGAUCCUGAGAGACAGAGCCGAUGAGAUCAAACGGGUGUGCUGUAAGGAAAUUCACUGCGGAGCACUGUGGGCGGACAUCAUCACCAACGACAGCAUCGGCCUGAUCGAAGAGUAUGCCGCCCUUACCACCAGCGUGGCCACCGGCUCCAUUCCCCACACACAGCAAGGCUAUGGGCUGGUCAUGAAAGAACCUCUUGGCGUCGUCCUCGGAAUCGCGCCCUGGAAUGCGCCCAUCAUUCUGGGUCUCCGGUCCGUGGUGGCGCCCAUAGCCGCAGGCAAUGUGGCUAUCCUCAAGGGCUCCGAACUCAGUCCGCAGACACACUACCUUCUCGCCUCGAUGUUUCGCGAUGCUGGGUUUCCACCAGGUGUUUUAAAUUUUCUUCUGCAUCGACCCGAGGACGCACCCGAGAUCUUCGACGUGCUCAUCAACCAUCCAGCAAUCAAGAAAUGCAACUUCACUGGGUCGACGCAGGUGGGUCGCAUCAUCGCUUCCCAGGCCGCAAUGGCACUCAAACCUGUCUUGUUGGAGCUCGGGGGCAAGAACUUCACAGUUGUCCUGGAUGAUGCUGAUCUGGAUCUUGCUGCCCGUGAGAUCACGAAAGGCGCUUUUCUCAAUAAUGGUCAGAUCUGCAUGUCCACGGAUAUGGUUCUGGUUACCACGGCGGUGGCUUCAGCUCUCGAGGCCCGCAUUCUGGCCAUCUUGCGAGAGAUUGACACGGCACCGAUGGUCAUCUCUCCGGCUGCCAAAGCGAAACUCGAGAUGCUGGUUUCCGACGCGCGGGCCAAGGGCGCAGAGAUCCACAUUGCCCCGCAGGCCCUGGGCUCGACGGCGCAGAGCUUCCCUCCCACAGUGGUUACAGGGCUCACGGCAGACAUGAAACUGUACGAGAUCGAGUCGUUUGGCCCGGUAGUUGGCAUAGUGUCAGUGCAGACCGAGGACCAGAUCGUUGCAAUCAUUCAGGAGGCCAAAUACGGAUUAUCUAGUUCCAUUAUCUCCAGAAAUCACUAUCGCGCACUCGAGCUGGCCGGGUCCAUCAAGGCCGGGGCAGUACAUAUCAAUUCGAUGACUGUACAUGACGAGCCAACUCUGCCGCAUGGGGGAUACGGGGAUAGCGGAUGGGGUCGAUUCGGAGCCCGGUGGGGACUGGAGGAGUUUGUCCAGACUAAAGUCGUCACUUUGCAUCCAUAGACACCGCUAAGGUAGAGAACAACAUUGAGCUUUAGCUAGAUAACAGAUCCGGCGGUGUGCUACAGAUGUCUUCCUGGCCUGC